AUGUGUCGGUCGUAUGCUGUUGUGGUGUACAUUGGGAACAUGCUUGAAAGCCAUUAUGUUGCGUAUACUGCGCUCCCUUCUCAGUCGCCCGGAGCGGAUUCACAAAGACAUACAGAGUCUACCACUAUGGAGAAUGGUGCGACUUUCAAACCGGCACAAAGCAAGCCGGACCACAAAUGGGAAAGGCAGUGGGCGAAUAUUAGCGAUAUGACCGUGCGGCUGGGACAUUAA